CCCGAAUUGGAACAAGAUGGCAGGUUCACUGUGACGGUCUGUAGAGGUAAUUGCUUCCCUCUUCUCAGCCUGUCGCGGAGUCCCGGGGCACUGGGCAGGACCAGAAAGUUUUUCGGCAUGAAAAUAGGUGUGCCUAGAAGCAGAUUUUAAAAGGAGUUUCUUUUCAAAACAUCUUUUUAUACCACCUGAUAAGCAUCUUGAUUCACCAUGGCAGUAGCAGCAGUAAAAUGGGCGAUGUCAAGCAGAACUGUCUUAAAACAUUUAUUUCCAAUCCAAAAUGGAGCUUUAUAUCGCGUUUGUCAUAAAUCUACGUAUUCUUCUCUUCCAGAUGACUAUAAUUGCAAAGUAGAGCUUGCUUUGACAUCCAAUGGCAGGACGAUAGUAUGCUACCAUCCCUCUGUGGAUAUUCCAUAUGAACACACAAAACCGAUCCCUCAUCCAGAUCCUGUGCAUAAUAACGAAGAAACACAUGACCAAAUGCUGAAAACCAGAUUAGAGGUAAAAGAUGAACAUCUUGAGCAAGGACCCAUGAUAGAACAACUUAGCAAAAUGUUCUUUACUACUAAACACCGUUGGUAUCCUCAUGGACAGUAUCACAGACGUCGUAGGAACCUGAAUCCCCCAAAAGACAGAUGAUUUUCAGGCUCUCAUUAAGAGUCAAAGAGAAAUGUUAUCUUUUGCCUCAUUUGCCAUUUGAGAAAAUGUAUUCUGGUAUAUUUACUAAUAUGUUAUAUAGUAAAGUAGUAAUAAAAUUUCUUUUCAUAUAUUAUAAUGUGUAUUUCUUUGUAUAAAGGAAUUCUGUAUUUGACACUCUUUAGAGAAACCUAUUUCAUCUUUUUUUCUUUUGAGAUAUUGAAGUCUGUAUUUUGUGUCUGUAUUCUAUUGUAAGGGUAAGUGACACUAGAGAUAUAUGAAGGAAGUUUAUUGGUACUCGCAAGUCCUAAAACAGGAGUGGCACGCCUCGCAGGGUCACACGGGGAACACAUCAGGAGUGAAGGCUCAAUCAAGCAAGCAGGGAGUAAAAGGUUCUAGUGGAUCCGGGGGCUAUGCUUUAUAGUGUUGAAUGGGUGGAGCUGUAGUAGGUCAAGCAAGAGUCAGGACUGGGAAUUUGUACUUGACUUUCUUGGGGGUACAAACCCAGGAGGAACGGAAAGGAGAGGGAGAAACUGUUUAUCUUGUAUAAAUAAGUGUCAGGGUUGGUCACUAAGGGACCAAAUGAUAGGUCUUAUAAGAUGCUGAAGCAGCAUGACAGUGCAAAAAGCCCGUUUUAUUUUAAUUCACUACAAGUAUGAUUAAAUAUUUUUAUAUUAUAAGCCAAACAUUAUUAGUAGUAAAACUAUGGUUAAUAAAAAUCUUCUGAAAGAUUUGAAAAUGCAUUUGAGAAUAAACUUAUGAGGACUGCCCAGAAAGAUAUUACAGUGUUUCUUUUUCAUUGGCUUCUAGGAAAUAAAUUAAUUAUUAAAUGUUUAUCAGUUUCUACUCUUUACGUACAUUAUUAACAAACUCUUCAGUAAUCCUUUGAUGAAGGAAGCAGCAUCCCCAAUUUAUAGAUUAUGCUCAGUGACUUGUCCUCUAAUUAGUAAGUGGGAGAGCCAGGAUUCAAACCGUCAGGCUUCAAAGCUUUUUUCAGUGCAUUACAAUGACAAAGGAGUUGUUUUCGUUCACCCAAGAAUGUACCUUUCUAGAGAUUUUUCUGGAAGGAAUAUAGUACGUUAAAUAAUUCAUUCUUAGGUUUUUCUUUUUCUUGUUAAAAAUUAUGUUAGUUUCAGAACACAUGCAAACAGCUGCAACUCUCUGAUUAAAAUAUUAAUAUCACUAAAUAAGCCAGACACAAAAGAACAAAUAUUAUAUGAUCUCACUGAUAUGAAAUAAUAAGCAAAUUCAUAGAGUCAGAAAUUAGAAAUGGGUUAGUAGGAGCUGGGAUGGGGGUAGGAUAUGGGGAGUUAAUGCUUAAUUGAUAGAGUUUGUGUUUGGGGUGAUGGAAGGACAACACUGCGAAUGUAAUUAAUACCACUGAAUUAGAUAUUUGUGGUUAAAAGGGAAAUUUUAGGUUGUAUGUAUGUUUACUAGAAUAAAAAUUUUUUUAAAAACCAACUAUAACACUGUACAACACAAAACAGUAAACUGUAAUGUAAAUCAUGGACUAUACUUAAUAAUACAAUAAUAUUGUUUUGUUUCAUUAAUUGUAGCAAAGACACCACACUAAUGCAAAGUGUCAUGGAGGGGGGUGGGCGGUAUUUUCUGCAUGAUUUUUCCUGUAAACCUACAAUGUCUCUAAUAAAAAAAUAUUUUUAAAAUGUUACUAUUACUAAUCUAGUGUUACAUGAAUGUUAAUGGAGUAGUCUGCCAUUGAUAGUUAUUAUCAAUUUAUUUGUGAUCCAUGAUAGCAUUGCUUUCCUCUGUGAUUUCUAUUUAGGUAUGAGAAAUCUUCUAAGAAGGUGGAAACAUACUUUAUUUAAGGUUGGAUUGUGAAAUAUUUGUGAUAUUUGUGAAAUUGACUUGAAGAAUAAUUUCUCAUUUAAAGUCUAUUGUUUAACUUAGUUCUUUUAAAUAAAGGAAUUUUAGUUGAAGAUUCAAGUGCAUAGUAAAAUGUGAGAAAUUGUGAAUAGGAAAGUGUAAAGGAAGUAAUUAAAAAUGGCCAUCCUCUGUUACUUGAAGGAAAUGCUUUUAAAUGAUUUAAUUUUUUUCAUUAAUUUAUUUGGGAAGAUCAAAGAAAAAACAAGUUGCUAAAACUUGAUAAUUAGAAAUAUAUUGCUAGCUGUAUUGAUGAUAUAGCCUUGAAAAAUGGUCAUUUUCUUUUUUCAGGUUGUUUUAUAUCCCAGAUUUUACAAAGAUUCAGAUAUUUCAUAUUGUAGAUGUCAGGCGAGUAAAACAAAAGAAGAACUUGAAAAUGAGAUGCCAUAUUUUCUUUUCUUCUAAGUACAAAGAUCUAUUAAAGAGACUUUUCAACUCUGAGAUGCCCAAACCCUACAUUCCUAUGUCAGUGCUUUGGAGAAUUAACUUUGACUUAAUUGUAUAUUCCUAGACUUUUGAUCUUUGUGAGUUGCUAAUGUUUAACUUUAUUAAAUAAGUACAUAUUCCAUCACCAGCAUCACCUCUUCUCUAACAUCCCACCCUGCCCCCACACAAGGGUAGGACACCUUCACCAACAUUUUAUGAAAGGAAGGAAAAAAAGACGGUUGUGGCGCUGCAGAAUUUAAAAAAUUGCAUUAGGUAGGACAGUCUCUUUUAAAUUGGAUAAAUUUAGCUUCAUGACAAACUCACUAUGCAGUCUUUUUUAUUUCCAUUGGUGAGAAUUAAAACAGCACUGGGGAAUUCUGGAUUAACAUACCUAGAAUAGAAUAGAUAAAAAGCAUUGCUGGUGAAACCACCAGAGGGCACUCUCAUACAGGAUUCAAUUUAAACAUCCCUCACUUUUAAAAGCGUUUAACUUGUAAAAAAUUUCGAUUUUUUUUUAGGUGAGAAUGAACGAGUAAAUGGCAGUAGUGAAUUACAGGAGUCUUAAGUGUCAGUAUUCUAAGGUCAUCCAUUCUAUUGAUCGAUUCAUCAAAAUCUAUUGAAUCCUUACUAAUUGUGAGGAUGCAUUGAACUUUUAUUGCUAGGCCAAUGGCAAAAUAUAGUCCCUUCUUUUAAGGACCACAGUAUCUAUUGAGUUAGUAACCACGAGCUACUUAAUUUUUCUAAUGACAUUGUUUUCUAACUAUGAAAGUAAUACAUACUUAUUUUUAAAAGUUGGAGACUAAAUAAAUAGAAAAUGAAAAGUGCUGCAAUUCUCCCAUCCAAAGAUACACAUUAACAUUUUUGUGUACCUUAUUCCCUUUUAUUUCUCUUUGGAAAUGUUUAUUAUGCAUGCUGUUUUAUAACUUGCUUUGUUCACUUAAUGUGAAUUUUUUGCUACAUCAUUAAUUACUCUAAUUUAAUGGCUGCAUAUUAUUCUAUAACCUGGAUUGUCAUAAUUUAAUUAACUUCCUAUUCUCAGAUGUAUUUAUUGUUUCUGUUUUUCCCUAUUACAAAAAAUACUGUAGAUACAUUUUUGUGAUCAUUCCUGAAUAUUUUCUUAGAUUACUUUAUGUAAGUGUAAUUGCUGGAUCAAAAGCAUGUAUUCAUAAUCAUGCACAAUUUUAAGGUUUGUGGUUUAAACUUUAUGCUUCUUACAGUAAUACAUGAAAGCAUUUCCUCUGCAUUUGUGAAAACUGGAUAUAAAAAUUUUAAAAAGCUUUUAUAGAUUGAGUAGGCAAGGAAAUGUUUUAAGUUUGAUCAGUCACUUUAAAUUUAGGAUCCAUCCCCAUUUAAAAGACUAUAAAUUAUAAGUUACAGGUCCUCUCUUAAAUGUAACCUACAAAAGGCUUUCUUUUUCCCCUUUGUAGCAUGUGACCCUAAUGUGUUUCCUCUGCCCUCUUCUGCUAACAUCCCUCACAUCUCAGCUAAAAUUUCACUUCUUGAGAGGAAUUAAGUCAGAAUCUGCUAUUAUAUAUAAUACUGUAUGUCUCUCUGUAGCACUUCAUUAAAGUUUGUAAUUAUUUGUGUGAUUAUUUGAUGAAUGUCCAUUUCCCCUACUAGACUAUAAACUCCAUGACUUGCAAGAACCCUGUCCAAUUUUGUGUACCACUGUGUUCCUAGGACCUGGCUGCCUGGCACAUUUUUUACA